CUCGGACCCGGGCAGCCUGGGCGAUCGGCUGGGCCCGCUGCUCUGCACCCGACCCUCGUCCCGCCCCCCGCCGCCUCGACCUCAGGUGGCCCCUUUGCUGCCCCAAGACUCGAUCAGAGACAUUAAGUGACUUGACCGACGUCACUCAGCUUUAUAUGACAUCAAAGCAAAAUGAUGGAAGAGAGUGGAAUAGAAACAACACCACCUGGAACUCCCCCACCAACUGCUGCAAGAACAGUAACUGCAACAUCUACUCCUAUCCCUCUAGCUUCUUCCUUGUUAUUUCCUUCAACUAAUAAAUCCUCAAAGCAAAUCUCACUAGCACAAACAUUCUCUAACUCUGUGCCAUCAGCUGCUCCCUUGAAGAGUUCAGUUUCUGCGCCUUUUGCACCAUCUUCACCAGUAGCAUUAACAUGCUCUAAAUCUGUGCCAUCAGCUGCUCCCUUGAAGAGUUCAGUUUCUGUGCCUUUUACACCAUCUUCACCAGUUUCUGCUCUCUCAUUUUCUGUUUCUACCACCCAACCUCCUGUUUGUUCGGUCCCACCUCCUGAUUCCCCAUCAACUGCUACAACCUUCAGUAGUAAUGCUCCUCUCCCAUUUCCAUAUUUUCCUUCAAGCACUGCUCCAAGCACUGUUAUUUCCCCUCCUCCUACUGGUCCUCCUAUAUCAGGAUUUUCUCUUGAUUCGGUCUAUGACAUCACAAGGGGUCAUGCAGGAAGAACUCCCCAGACGCCUUUGAUGCCAUCAUUUUCUGCACCUGCUGUUACAGGUAUGUUACCUCCUCCUAUUUCUCAACAAGCCAGUUUGACGCCUGUGCCACAGGGAACUGGAAGUGGCUCAUCUAUCACUUUCCCAGAGGAGCAUGAAGACCCUAGACUGGCAAGGGUUCAGAAUGAAUCAUCUGCUGGUGGCAUCUGGGGGUUUAUCAAGGGUGUGGCUGGGAAUCCUAUGGUGAAAUCUGUGCUUGAUAAAACUAAACACUCGGUAGAAAGCAUGAUUACUACGCUGGACCCAGGCAUGGCUCCAUAUAUCAAAUCUGCAGGUGAACUAGAUAUUGUGGUAACCUCAAAUAAAGAGGUAAAAAUUGCUGCUAUCCGAGAUGCCUUCCAGGAAGUCUUUGGUUUAGCUGUAGUUACAGGAGAAGCUGGCCAGUCCAACCUUGCACCACAACCAGUGGGCUAUGCAGCUGGAUUAAAAGGGGCCCAGGAGCGUAUAGACAACUUACGUCUAACUGGUGUGAUUCAUGAAAAACAACCUGCUGUGUCUGUAGAAAACUUCAUUGCUGAAUUGCUACCUGACAAGUGGUUUGACAUUGGCUGUUUGAUAAUUGAGGAUCCUGUCCAUGGCAUUCAUCUAGAAACAUUUACACAAGCUACACCAGUGCCUUUGGAAUAUGUACAGCAGGCUCAAAAUCUCACUCCCCAGGACUAUAAUCUAAAAUGGUCAGGCCUUUUGGUAACUGUGGGUGAAGUGCUUGAGAAGAACUUGGUACAUGUCAACCGGACUGAUUGGCAUGUUGCUUUCACUGGCAUGUCUCAACGACAAAUGAUCUACAGUGCUGCCAAAGCUAUAGCAGGCAUGUAUAAACAACACUUGCCACCCAGGACCACUUGAGAGAACAUUGUCUGGGAUACAAAGACUUUUUCUAUAGCUUAAUAUCAAAGAAGAGUUCAUAUCUUCUGAUUGAACAGUUUCAAUGACUUCUGCAGGUUUUCUAAUUUACCUGGUAUUCCAAGUAGAAAAAACAAAUGUAAUUUUAUUAUAUAAUAAUCUAACUUCAAAUAUCAUAGUUUUCAGAAAUGAGCAUCUACAGCAUUUAUAACAUAUGUUUGAUAGCACUAAAUUUGUAAAAAGGAGAAUUUAUUUGCUGACACAUUUAAUGUACUUGUUUAAAUUGGAUGAUUUUUUUUAAAAGAGGGUAUAGCCAGUUGAUAAACAGUGCUAUAAAGUCCCUCCAGCUCUGAAUCUAUGUAUCUGAGCUUACGAUUAUCUGUUGGGUUGCUUAUUUCUCAUUUUACUUCAGAAUGAACCCCUUUCUCUAUAGUUUUUUAAAAUCUGAUUUGUGUAUAAUCUCAGGACUGAUGCUCAAUAACUCCUUAUUCGACUACCGUAAGACACAUGAAAAUGACAUUUCCUGAACAUUUAAUAAAACAUCAGAUUUUUUUUUCUGUUGAGAGUGAUUUUCAUAGCCAUGUGUAACAUAGCUUUGCAAAGAAAAAUUCCACUUUAUUUCAGUGUAUAUUAAUCUUGGCAUAUCAUAAAUUGUCCCUUGAACAUCAAGAUACUCCUUUUGAUUUUUCAAGUCUUUGUUUUCUCACAAUCUAAAAACAAUUGCUUCCCUGUAAUUCAGAAGCAUUUCUGAAAUCAUCUUGCACAGCACCAUAGGUGACCAUAUUAUUGCUUCCUGUACAAAAUGUAUGGCAAUCAUUUUUGUGCUUUCUUUGCUUCUACUUACACCUCCAUUCUGCAUAAAAUAUUUGAUGAGCAGGGAACAUUUUACUGUUACAGGAUUGGUGUGUGUUUUUAAAAAAAUAAUUACAGUACUUUUUGGUUUUGCUUUAAAAUACUACCUUUUCAGCUCAUGCCAUUCUGCCUUUACUUUUUUAGAUACUUUCAGAGGAUCCUUUUUAUACUACAUGCAAUUUGUUAACCCAUUAUAUUUGUACACGGCAGUAAUUUAUCCUUUUCCCAAAUAAUCUAUUUUGCCACUAUUGGUCAACAAUAAACCAAA